AUGGAUCUCGACCUUGCAUUAAGGGAUGAUUCUCCCCCACCUCUUACAUAUCAGAGUACCUCUGAUGAAAAGAGAAAUAAUGAAAGGUGGGAGAGAUCGAAUUGCUUGUGUCUGAUAAUCAUUAAAAAGGCCAUACCAGAAGCAUUCAAGAGAACAAUGUCAAAAACGAUGGUAACCGUUAAAGAGUUCCUUCAGGAUAUUGAAAAAAAGUUUGUCAAGAACGAAAAGACUGAAGUUAAUACGCCCUUGACACGCCUAAUUUCGAUGAAAUAUAGUGGUAAAGGUAAUAUCAGAGAGUACAUUAUGGAGAUAUCUCAUCUUGCCUCAAAAUUGAAUGCACUUAAAUUGAAACUCUCCGAAGAGUUACUAGUGCAUUUGAUUUUAAUAUCUCUUCCUACACAGUUUAGUUAG